CAACAUUGCAACGUCUGUAAAAAGUUGAAUUUACGUAUUUCAAUUUAAAAUUAAAUUGUUUUGAAAGAACAUUUAAGAUGUCUCUUGUUGCAUACGCUGCGAGCAGCGACGAGGAGUCCGACAAUGAAGAAGAAUCCGCCGGCACACAAGUGGAACUGCUAAAACCGACGUCCAAAACAAAUGAAAACAAAGUGAAUCUGAAAACAGAAGCAACAAAUGGACAUAUAAGCGAUGAGGACGACGAUUAUAUACCACGUGAAGUGUCAUUGCAGGAGCUGAAGCCAUCAUCUGGUCGUUUAACACUGUCGCUGCCCAAACCAAAAGUAGCCGCCACUCCAAUGUCUGUGGAGGAUGAGGAGGAAGCUGUGGAGCAAGCGGAUGACCAGGUGACACAAGCGUUUGCCAAGUUGCCCAUGCCACGACAGGUAGCAACAGCUAGAGCCUUCAUAGAGGAAGUGGACGAUGAGUUUCUGCACAAAAAAGCAGGUAGCGAAGCACUGGAAAAACCUCCUCCUCCGCCAGCUGCUGUUAAAACCAAGGUGAAAAUUAGCAUACCAUCGCUAAGGGAAUUCGCUGAUGUGGAUAAGGAGCAGGCAGAGAAACAACAACAAGGCAGGCAAGCGCAGGUCAAGCCCGUUAAGGGUUCCGGACUGUUGAGCAUGUUGCCCCAAGCAAAAUCAGAACGAGUUUUCACCAAGAGAUCCGAUCCCGUGCCCGUCAAGUCGGCAGACGUGAGCUUGCCAGCUGCCAGUGGUCCUAAGGUGACUGCCAAGCCAGCCUUUGUGCCGGAUACGGUAAAGCUGCGACGAGCAGCGCACAAUACAGAAGGAAUCGACAGGAUCAACGUGCAGCCGGGUAAACAGACUGAAAAGAAGCGCCAAGCGACAGCAACGCUGGUUAGUGUGAGUGACAGCGAGGAGGACGAGGAUGAGGACAGUGCCGGUGACUUCUUCUCGCUGAACAGCGAGCAGCAGCUGCCGGAGGUGAGCAGCAACGAGAUAAACGCCUUGGUGGCCAAACGUGCUGCCAAAAUGGUUGAAGCCAGCAACAAGUUCCUGGCAGAGCAGUCAGAACGUGCAGCAGCCGAGGCGGAGGCAGCUGAACAGCAAACGGAGGAGCUGCGUCAGGCACAGAAGCGCUACCAAGAGCAACAACUGAAUGCGGAGGCCAUGGAUGCACUCGUAGGCAAGAACGCCAAACGACGACGCAAGGAGGCCAAGGAGAUGCAAGUUAUAGAUAUAUCGGGCACACAAGUAAUGCCCGAUCGCGAUGAAUGGAUGCGCACGGCGUUGGCAUCGGCUACGACCUUCCAGCCCACUGGCGUGCUUACGGAUGAGGAGCACGCACCCGGCACAAGAAGGAAACAUCAAAUCACGUAUCUGGCACACAAGGCCAAGGCCAACGAGGCGGAGUUGCAGGCCAUGUGGUCGGCAAACCGGCAAACCCGUCGCGACACUCAAAACAAAUACGGAUUUUGAACAGUUUCCAUUAAGAUUUAUCAAUGCAUUACUAGUAGACUUAAUAUUAAAUAUAUAAAUAUGAGUUGCA